UCCAGAUUGGUGUGAAGACAGAAGUGAGCUCCGUUUUAGGCGUAGCAUGGCCAGGCAGAAGAAAAUGGGGCAAAACGUGCUCCGGGCGGUCUUCCUUUUAGUCCUGGGGCUUUUGGGUCAUUCUCACGGAGGAUUCCCCAACACCAUCAGCAUCGGUGGACUUUUCAUGAGAAACACGGUGCAGGAGCACAGCGCUUUCCGCUUCGCCGUGCAGUUAUACAACACCAACCAGAACACCACGGAGAAGCCCUUCCAUUUGAAUUACCACGUAGAUCACUUGGAUUCUUCCAAUAGUUUUUCUGUGACUAAUGCUUUCUGCUCCCAGUUCUCAAGAGGGGUGUACGCCAUCUUUGGAUUCUAUGACCAGAUGUCAAUGAACACUCUGACCUCCUUCUGUGGGGCCCUGCAUACAUCCUUUGUGACGCCCAGCUUCCCCACUGACGCAGAUGUGCAGUUUGUCAUCCAGAUGCGCCCAGCCUUGAAGGGCGCUAUCCUGAGUCUGCUGGGUCACUACAAGUGGGAGAAGUUUGUGUACCUCUACGACACAGAGAGAGGCUUCUCCAUUCUCCAAGCCAUCAUGGAAGCCGCAGUGCAAAACAACUGGCAAGUGACAGCACGGUCUGUGGGAAACAUAAAAGACGUCCAAGAAUUCAGGCGCAUCAUUGAAGAAAUGGACAGGAGGCAGGAAAAGCGAUACUUGAUUGACUGCGAAGUCGAAAGGAUUAACACAAUUUUGGAACAGGUUGUGACGCUGGGAAAACAUUCAAGAGGUUAUCACUACAUGCUUGCUAACCUGGGUUUUACUGAUAUUUUGCUAGAAAGAGUCAUGCAUGGGGGAGCCAACAUUACCGGAUUCCAGAUUGUCAACAACGAAAACCCUAUGGUUCAGCAGUUUAUUCAGCGCUGGGUGAGGCUAGAUGAAAGGGAAUUCCCUGAAGCCAAGAACGCACCACUAAAGUAUACAUCUGCACUGACGCACGACGCAAUCCUGGUCAUCGCAGAAGCUUUCCGCUACCUGAGGAGGCAGCGAGUGGAUGUGUCGCGGAGGGGCAGUGCUGGAGACUGCCUGGCAAAUCCCGCUGUGCCCUGGAGUCAAGGAAUUGACAUCGAGAGAGCUCUAAAAAUGGUACAAGUACAAGGAAUGACUGGAAACAUCCAAUUUGACACUUACGGACGUAGGACAAAUUAUACCAUCGACGUGUACGAGAUGAGAGUCGCUGGCUCGCGAAAAGCCGGCUACUGGAAUGAGUAUGAAAGAUUUGUGCCUUUCUCAGAUCAGCAAAUCAGCAAUGACAGCGCAUCCGCAGAGAACCGGACCAUUGUAGUGACCACCAUUCUGGAGUCACCAUAUGUAAUGUAUAAAAAGAACCAUGAGCAACUGGAAGGAAAUGAGAGAUAUGAAGGCUAUUGUGUUGACUUAGCCUAUGAAAUAGCCAAACACGUGAGGAUCAAAUACAAAUUGUCCAUUGUCGGCGAUGGGAAAUAUGGCGCACGGGAUCCAGAGACAAAAAUAUGGAAUGGCAUGGUUGGGGAACUUGUCUAUGGGAGGGCUGAUAUAGCUGUUGCUCCACUGACCAUUACCCUGGUCCGGGAAGAAGUCAUAGAUUUCUCAAAGCCAUUUAUGAGCCUGGGCAUCUCCAUCAUGAUAAAGAAGCCUCAGAAAUCGAAACCAGGCGUCUUCUCAUUUCUGGAUCCCUUGGCUUACGAAAUUUGGAUGUGCAUUGUUUUUGCCUACAUUGGGGUCAGUGUAGUUUUAUUCCUGGUCAGCAGAUUUAGCCCCUACGAGUGGCACACUGAGGAGUUUGAAGAUGGAAGAGAAACACAAAGUAGUGAAUCAACUAAUGAAUUUGGGAUUUUUAAUAGUCUCUGGUUUUCCUUGGGUGCCUUUAUGCAGCAAGGCUGUGAUAUUUCUCCAAGGUCGCUGUCCGGGCGGAUUGUUGGAGGGGUUUGGUGGUUCUUCACCCUGAUCAUAAUUUCUUCCUACACUGCCAAUCUUGCUGCUUUCCUGACUGUGGAGAGGAUGGUCUCUCCCAUAGAGAGUGCUGAAGACUUAGCUAAGCAGACUGAAAUUGCAUAUGGGACCUUGGACUCCGGUUCAACGAAAGAAUUUUUCAGAAGGUCCAAAAUUGCAGUCUAUGAGAAAAUGUGGUCUUACAUGAAAUCAGCAGAACCAUCCGUAUUUACCAAAACAACGGCAGACGGAGUGGCCCGGGUGCGCAAGUCCAAGGGAAAGUUCGCCUUCCUGCUGGAGUCAACCAUGAACGAGUACAUUGAGCAGAGAAAACCGUGUGAUACCAUGAAAGUUGGUGGAAAUCUGGAUUCCAAAGGCUAUGGUGUGGCAACCCCUAAAGGCUCAGCAUUAAGAAAUGCUGUUAACCUGGCAGUAUUAAAACUGAAUGAGCAAGGCCUCUUGGACAAAUUGAAAAACAAAUGGUGGUACGACAAAGGAGAGUGCGGCAGCGGGGGCGGUGACUCCAAGGACAAGACCAGCGCUCUGAGCCUGAGCAAUGUGGCAGGCGUUUUCUAUAUACUUGUCGGAGGUCUGGGGCUGGCCAUGAUGGUGGCUUUGAUAGAAUUCUGUUACAAAUCACGGGCAGAGUCCAAACGCAUGAAACUCACAAAGAACACCCAAAACUUUAAGCCUGCUCCUGCCACCAACACUCAAAAUUACGCUACAUACAGAGAAGGCUACAACGUGUAUGGAACAGAGAGUGUUAAGAUCUAGGGAUCCCGCCCCGCUGGAGGCAUGUGAUGAGAGGAAUUGCCGAAAACGUGGCCGCUUCAAGGAUCCUGAGCCAGACUUCACUCUCCCUGGUGUCGGGCAUGACACGAAUAUUGUUGAUGGUGCAAUGACCUUUCAAUAGGAAAAACGGAUUGUUUUUCCCUUCAGUGCCUUAUGGAACACUCUGAGACUCGCGACAAUGCAAACCAUCACUGAAAUCGUUUUGCUUUGCUUGAAAACAAAUUAAAAUAAAACCAACAAAAACAUGGACAUGCAAGAUUCCAGUAUGCGGAAAAAAAAAUCGUAUUACAAAAAGUCAGUUCAACAAAAGCCAUUCUUUGAUACCACUGCUCGGUAUACAAACACCAUGUUCUUUAAUACACACACACACACACACACACACACAUACAC